AUGGCCACGAGGCUUAAGAAGGUACUGAGCAAGGUGCUGUCAAAGGAGCACCACUGUUUCUUACCGGGGAAAAGCCUGGCGGAUGCCGUGUCAAUGGUUGCGGAUGCAGUGGAGGCAGCGAACAACGAGAAAGAAGACUGGCUGCUGCUGCUCGUGUAUUUCCAGAAGGCGUAUGACACGGUCGCGCGAGAGUACCUCUUCAGAGUCAUGCAAGAGCUUGGGGUGCCGGCGGCGUUUAUCGGUUGGACCAGGGGCCUGCACGUAGGAGCGGGUACGAAGGUUAUCGUCAACGGCUGGCUGAGAAACAAAGUGGAAAUGGACAGAGGAGUACGGCAGGGGUGCCCCCUGGCACCUUACCUUUUCCUUUGCGCGCUUGAGCCGCUCUGCAGGGCAACGGGCCGAAGGAAGCUGGGCGUAGGGCCGGCGAAUGUGGAACUGCUGUCGUACGUCGGGUAUGCAGACAACACGUCGUUCCUGCUGAGUGGGGAGAACCAGCUGCGGGAGGCGGUGGAAGUGUUGGAAAUCUUCGGCAAGCAGUCAGGACUGAAGCUGGACCCGAAAGUAUGCCUCGACGGCCUGGCGGUCCGCAGGAUCGGCAAGCUCCUGUCCAAACCGGAUGCCACGCGUCGGUGGCUGGCGGAGAAGGCGGCGUGCUUCCCGCAAGGCUUGGCGACGCUGCAUGCGCACCCGUCGGCAGGAAAACGCUGGGAGCAGGGGAGCGAAAGGUGGAAAGCUGCGGUGAAAAUCUCCUGGAAGUCGUCGUUUGCGUCCCUACCUGAGCCUGCGAGCAGAUGGGAGGUGGCAGAGGAAAUUUUGUGUUUCAACCGAAGGAUUAUGCACAGGGGGGAGAGCCCCUUCGGUCAUAAAAAAGGCACAGAAGGGCUACUCAACACACGGAUACGGGACCUGAUCACUGAAGGGGCCGGGGGGCGCCGAGUGCUGAAAGAAGAGGAGGUGCUGGCCUUGGAGCUUGGAAGUACGGAGGCGGCGGCUAUGGCGAUGAAAGCAUACAGGGCUAUUCCGCCAGAAUGGAGGGUGCUGGUGGAGGAACCGGUGUCAGCGGAGGCGGUGCAAGCAGUGGCGGGGGUGGUGAGAUAUGUCAACCGGGGGCAACCGUCUGAGCUCCCGUGGGCGGUUAAGGAUGUGACGGGUACCAAGCUCAAUGUCGCGCUGUUGCUACUCAAUGAGGAGGGCGCAUUGGAAGCCCCGGCGAAAGCAAUCGGUGGAUGUUUUGAGGCGUGCAGAGUUCAGCCGAUGGUGGUUCGGGAGAAUAUGCUGGUGGGACCGGUGGGCGAUCCUAAGACGAUGUUGCUAGCUAAGUCGGGGCUCUUCGUUGGAGGGAAGCUGGAACCAUUGCGCAAAAUACGGGCUGCGCUAUCUAAGGUGUCGGGCCGUUCUUGGAGGCAGGCCGAGUGGGAAACGCUGUGGGGCAAGAAGAUUGACUGGAAACGUGCUAUUACUGUCUGA